AUGAAGCCCAGCCUCAAGAACAAGCUGGAUUCCGCCAGGGGUUCAGCUGCUUGGACCACAUCUAGACCGUUCAAGGGUCAUAGAGGUUUGCCGGUAAUACCGCCUGCCCCUUGUCCCUUCGUCGACUAUGAGAAAGCAUUUGACAGCGUAGAAACGAAUGCAAUACUGUCAGCGCUGGUUGAUGAAGGUGUGGACGCGUCGUAUGUGAUGACAUUAGCCAAUUGCUACGAUCGAUGCACGACUAGGAUACAGCUUUUCCACCGCCCUCUCACCAUACCCAUUGGGAAGGAGGUACGACAAGGCGAUACUAUAUCGCCAAAGCUGUUCACAGCUGCAUUGCAAUGGAUAAUGAAAUCACUUUCCUGGGAAGAAAGGGGCAUACUUGUUGAUGGAAGAUUUCUCUCGAACCUUCGUUUUGCGGACGACAUCGUUCUCUUUUCGAGCAGUACCAAUGAAGCAGAAACGAUGCUCAACGAAUUGAACGAAGCAGGGAAGAGACUAGAACUACGAAUAAACAGAAGGAAGACACAGUUCAUGAAGAACGCCUACUGCGAGGACGGAGGAGUACAACUUGAAGGCUCUCAAAUCGUGAAAACUUCGUCAUACGUAUACCUCGGACGUUCUAUGAACAUGGAAAACGAAUUGAAGGAAGAACUGAAUAGAAGAAUGAGAGCAGCAUGGGCAACAUUCGCAGCCGUCAGGGAAGCUACGGACCAACUGACGGACCGAGAUCUUCGUGCCCAUCUGUUCGACUCGACAGUACUUCCAGCGCUCUGCUACGCAGCGGAGAAGUGGGCAGAGUCCACGUCUAGGAAGCUACUUACCACCCACAGAACCCUUGAGAGAUGUCUUCUGAAGUUUAACCGGCACACAGAACACCUAGCCGGUCUUCGUAGCUCCGGAUUAAGAAAAAUGUUCUGUCUUCGCGACCCAGCGGAAUAUGUAUCGAAAGCAAAACAUAGAUGGGCCGGUCACAUCAUGAGAAGAGUCGACGAUAGAUGGACUAAAAGAACGCUAGAGUGGAUCCCAAGGGACGCUAAACGCCCCGAGGGAGACCGCCAACGAGAUGGGGUGACGUGUUCGCUGCACGGAUGGACCAGCUGA